GGUAGUCACUUGUACUAACUAUUCUUCAAAACCUAUAAUGUACGGGAAGUCGACUGUGAGUGAGUUUGGUGGGAAUCCGCCUGUGGUUAGUAGCACCACCGAGUCGGAAGUAAUUCGGGGCCAUCCCGAUGGAGUCGGUAGCAAUGGAGUUGAUUCGAUUGACGACCGGAAUGUCUCAUACGGGCUCGACGACGCGGACGGCGGGAGUGAUGACAUUUGUGAUUUUGAGGGAAUCGAUGGGGUUGUUUACUCGGACCUCUCCGUAAUGCCGAGGGGAGACGCCGGUGACCAGCUCACUCUCUCUUAUUGUGGCCAAGUCUACGUCUUCGACAAUGUCACAACGGACAAGGUGCAAAAGGUGUUUUUACAUCUUGGGGGAUGCGAAUUCCCAGUUGGUCAGCAAGGUGCAGAAUUAGCAUACCAAAAUGAGAGAGAUUUUGAUUAUCUUGCUCGCUGUAGCGACCCUCGCAGAGCUGCUUCUCUGAGCAGGUUCCGUCAAAAGAGGAAAGAACGUUGCUUUGAGAAGAAGAUCAGAUACAAUGUUCGUCAAGAAGUUGCUCUUAGGAUGAAGCGUAAGAAAGGCCAAUUUGUAACAUCCCAAAAGGAAAAGGAAAAGGAAAAGGAAUCUGGUCCCUGGAACACUGCUGCAGAGGCUGAGGGUGGAGCAGAAGAUGAGAUGGCAGUCACAACUAUAUCAUGUGGUCAUUGUGGUAUUUGGUCCAAGGACACCCCUAUGAUGCGACGAGGCCCAGAUGGUCCUAGGACUCUUUGCAAUGCCUGCGGACUUUUCUGGGCAAACAGGGGCACAAUGAGGGACCUUUCAAAGAAAUCCAGUGAUCAUUCUUCUUCUCUAGCUCAACAGGUCUACAAUUGUAAGGAUGAGUACAUGCCUAGAUGCAGUAAUGCUUCUGAGCUGGGGUUUGGGAUGCAAAUGGGGGUGGAUAUUGGCGGAGGCUGCAAUCUCCAUCCCCGUACCCCACCUCCAAUCCCAAUACCAUCCAUGUCCCUGCUAAGCCGCAACAAGUGGGGUGAAAAAGAUACCCUACAGAUAUGGGGAAUACAAUGA